AUCGACAAUGCAUAUGGCAGAGGUCGAAAUCUACUUCGCCCUCAUUUUCCAAUGACGACAAUUACCUACUUUACACUACGGCCAUUAGAGCGUAAUCCUCCGGGCACUCUUCUUGAAGGUGCUUUCCGCGUCCACCUGCCCAUAAAGGAGCUUAAAGCUCUGAAGCUUUCCACUGGCGACCUUAUUCGUAUAGUCACUCAAAAUGGGCCGAAAGGAAUUGCUAUUGCAUGGCUUGCAAACCAGACAAACCCAGGCAAUAAACCAAUAGCAAAGGUUACUGAUUUACUAAGGGACAAAUACGGUCUAUCUAUUACAAAUGAUCGCAUUGCAAUAGAGAAAGUCGAGAACGCGGAUGAUGAGUGGAUACCUAUCAAGACAAUCGAGGUUGGCUUUGAGUCUGGGGGCAGCCCAAGUGGAUAUUCUUCCACUGAAGACCUCCUUUUCUGGACGCGCCAAGCACUAGCUGAUCUUGAGGUAAUACUGCCGGAUUGUACUUUUGAUGUACAGAGAAAGGGCCCCAGGACCCGCCCUGCAAAAUCUCGCCUCAUUGUCAGAAACAUCGACCCAGUCCCAGACUUUAAUAGGCCGCUUUAUUUCGAUCCUGCAACUUCUCAGGUCAUCUUCAGCGAGGGAAGCUCGAAUCUUUCCCUCGAGACAAAGCAGCUGCCGACCGCGUCCGAAAAGGUCCCUCAACUGAGUAGUGAUGGUAUUGGAGGAUUAAAUGACCACAUUGGAACCAUUAACCGGAAUCUUCUGUUCCUCACAAAACAUCAACCUACAAUUAAAGAUCAACACCUCCUUCGUCUUAUUGGUCCUACGGCUUUCCUGAUCCAUGGACCGGAGGGCACCGGGAAGUCGAUGCUUUUGAACCGACUGGCUCAGUGCGAAUGGAAAGGAGUCUAUAAAGUCGACCCGGCGUCCAGUUCAAAGACUCCCGGGAAAGAUAUCACUGAAGCAUUUGAGAAAGCUCGUGAAAACCAACCGAGCCUUGUCCUGUUUGACGACUUAGACAAACUUCUUGGCAAAGGAGAAGCCCUCAUAUCACGCUUAAAGACGGAACUGGGCAAACUAGAAGGUGCUCGAGUAGCUGUCGCAGCAGCUGCACGUAGUGUAUAUGACAUUGAUACCAGUCUCAGAACCACAUCAGGUUUCAAGAUCGAGCUUGAAAUUUUCCCUCCAAACGUGCGACAACGGGAGGGAAUCUUGCGUCAGAUAUUAGGCCCGGAUAGACCAUUGGCGCAACUGGAUCUGACUUCGCUAUCAGAGAAGACACAUGGGUUCGUUGGGCGGGACUUACUGAAAUUGUGCGGACUAGCAAUCAAUCACCACAUACAAGCAACUUGCUCCGCUUUACAACCCGACGACAACACAUCUCUGGGUGACUUUUUACAAGGCAAGGAGUUCAUCAGUCAGAGUGACUUUGUCGCGGUUAUAGAUCAAGUUCAACCGACUGUCCUGAAAGACAGCAUCCUCGAGGUCCCUAAAGUCAGGUGGACCGACAUUGCAGGACUGGGUCACGUCCAGAAACUGCUUGAAGAGAUCAUGAUUCGCCCCAUAAAGUUUCCUGACCUAUAUCUCAAAUUUGGUGGGGCUGCCUCUCGCAAAGGGGUUCUCCUAUACGGUCCUCCGGGCUGCGCAAAGACGUUGAUCGCCCAGGCGGUUGCAACCGAAUCUAACCAAAACUUCCUAGCCGUAAAAGGAUCCGAGCUCAUCAAGAUGUACGUCGGGGAGUCAGAGCGCGCCAUUCGAGAUGUCUUCCGUCGAGCUCGCGCUGCCAAACCUUGCAUCAUCUUUUUCGACGAGAUCGAUUCCAUUGGCAAGUCACGCGAAAAGUCCCAAGACAGCGGGCUGAACGUCGUGACAACCCUGCUGAAUGAAAUGGACGGCAUCGAGGCCCUGAAGGAAGUAUUCAUCAUUGGAGCGACCAAUCGCCCAGAUAUCCUGGACUCUGCCUUGAUCCGCCCUGGUCGCUUUGACGCUCAUAUCCACAUUGGACUGCCGAACGAGGAUGCUCGUAAACAGAUCUUUGAGAUCCACACAAGGAAGAUGCCGCUUGCUGGGGAUGUAGAUCUGGGCAUUCUCGCUUCGAGAACACAGGAUUAUAGCGGUGCGGAUAUUAAGGCAUUGUGCUCUAUUACAGGGGAGAUGGGGAUUUCCGAUUAUACGCAGAAUCCAAGUCCCGACAACACACCGGAAAUACGAAUGUGUCAUUUCGAACGAGCAUUAGCCGAGCAUUCACCUCACACCGUGAAAGAGGAAGCGGAUCGGUACAAGAAUUGGAGGCCUGGAAAAUCCUUGAGCGCAAUCUAACAACAUCAUUGGGUGAUUUCAUGGCUACGGGUUCCUUGCGCUUUUGCGAUAUCCUACAGUAGAGAUAGGUUUCUCGGUAGAUACCCAUUUACGAUCCCAAGGGGGCCUGAAAAAGGUGAACCCUAUGAUGGAUUUUGAGACUAUAGAGUAAUACUGAGGCCCUAUUGGCAGCAUCAUUGGACUUGUGAGGAUGGGAUAUUGGUCCUCUACUUGACAGUACGGCACACGACCUAUUAUCCAUCAGAACAGAACCCCCCGUCGAGUCCUGCAUUAGCACAAGGGGGUUUCUUCCUGGUCCACA